AUGUCACCCUCUUGCUGCUGUAAUUGUUUAUGCCUGUCGUCCAGACGACUUCAGGAACAGGACCAAGAUCUGCUUAUUCCCGAAGACGAACCCAAUGCCUUUGAUUUGACUUGGCGGAAUUACCUUUUACCAUCUUCAUGCAUUCCCAACAUUUUCAAACGACAACAACCGAUACGCCUCGGUGACGACGAUGACGGAAACAUUGUUGACCCUCACGACGAGUUGUUUAUUUCACCAAAUUACUAUCAGGGCCGCGCUGUGCGUGGCUAUCUCGACAAUCCUCAAGACUGGGAGUUCGACUCGGUGCUUCACAACGACCAGCAACAAUUCCCAGAAUUUGUCACUCGAAAUCCGUUCGGUCGAAAAAGUAGCAAGAAAAAGAGGAAGCAUAAAAAACAUCAGCAUCACCACCACAACUAUCCACGAGUCGUUCGUGAAGGAGUGGUGGAUGGAGACGAAGAAGAAAUAUUCUCCGAGGAUAUCCAAGAUGCCGAGUUUCUGGGCGACGAUCAGAUAGCUCACCUUGCCUAUGAACGAUCCAAGAACAUGGACCCGUACGGCGAAGAAGGAUACAUUGACUCCACUUACGACAGACCCAUUUCUCAAGAAAUGCAACCACCACCAGCGCAUAAAGAGUUCUACGCUCCAAAAACCAUGCCCUACUACUUUGUCAAUGACGAGAACGACGAAUAUCACGAUGAAUAUCACGACAAACCAAGGGUAGUACAACAGCAACAAGAGUAUCAUCAAAAACAGAAACAACCAGAAGAACAACGACAAUGUGAAGCUUCCUCCUCAUCAGCAACACACAUAGCGACUGUAGCGGAACAAGCUCAGGACUUGCUAAGCGAACGAUUGGAUGACCUGACAGAUAAACUCUUGUACAUCCGACAAAACAUGAUGGACAUAAACAAGAAACAAGAACAGGAACCUGAUAAUACGACACUUCACACAUUAAAAUAUAGCAACGACAACCACAAGGGACCUGGCUCAGACAAAACAGCAUCUGACAUGGACUCGAUUGCAUCGGAAGCGUUGAACGAAUACGAACGACCAGAGGUUGACGACGACGAUGACGAUGACGAUGACGACCGACGACGACGACGCUCAGGUGCUUCGCAAUACAGGUUUCCCUUUGGCGGUGGCGACUCUCCUCCAUUCGGCUCCGACCAUCAUCCGUUUUCCUACUUUACCGACAAUAACAAUCACCGUCGUAAUGCUUCUACUACAUCAGCAUCAUCAUUUUCUCCACCUAAUAACAACUCGAGCGAUGAUAAUACCCCAGGUCUCAACUUGCGCGGCGUCUUGGAUUUCGGCAAGAGAUGGCUAGGCGCCUAA